AUGGCUAGUGCACUAGAAACAUUAUGUGGUCAAGCCUAUGGAGCCAAACAGUACCAUAUGCUCGGGAUUUACCUCCAAAGGUCAUGGAUCGUUCUUAUAGGUUGUGGCAUUUGCAUCACGCCCGUCUACAUCUUCUCGGGUCCUAUCCUCUUAGCCUUAGGUCAAGAGGAACGCAUUGUUCGUGUUGCUCGCACCAUAGCCCUAUGGGUCAUAAGGCGUUAA